GGCCGGAGCCGGGCGGUGAGAAGAGUGAGGGCCAGGCCCAGCGGAGGGGCUCUGCCACCACCCCUCAACAUUACGGACUCUUCGCCCCAGAGUGUCGAUGCUGCACCCCCGCGCUUCGUUGGAACGCCUUCCGUAACCCGCCAAGGGCUCUCUCUCGUGACCUCCCACCCCAGUGACCUCCUCGUAGGACCCGGGAGCGCACUCCGACGCGGGUGUUGUGGGUACAGGCCAUCGACCCUGUGACCUCUCACGGGCUGGGGCUCGGUUUCCCCCACAGGCCUCCCUCCCCUAUGACUUCCUCCCCGUAGAUUCUGGAAACAGAGCCGUGACCUACCACUGGGACCCCCGCCUGAGAACUCCUCCCUGAGGGCUCCCCCUCGGCACCCCGCUCUGUAGAUCUCCUAAGACCACCCCUUUUGGUUUCUGGCCAGGCCCCCAUCCCCAAUCGAGGUGGGGAGGCUUCGGCAGCCAUGCCCACCCUGGGUCCCCUGUCACCACACCACUCCCUGGGCCCUCAAGCCGGGGUCUAGCCAGGGGGUCGGCAGCCAAGGGGCUGGGGCAGGAGUCAGGUCAGGGUCCCCCUCCCUGCUGGGGAGGAGCAGAGAUGGACCGGCGGGAGGAGCAGCCGGGGGCUGCAGGGGCUGGAGCAGCACCAGCCUUGGACUUCACUGUGGAGAACGUGGAGAAGGCGCUGCACCAGCUCUACUACGACCCCAACAUUGAGAACAAGAACCUGGCUCAGAAGUGGCUGAUGCAGGCCCAGGUCUCCCCACAGGCCUGGCACUUCAGCUGGCAGUUACUACAGCCUGACAAGGUGCCUGAGAUCCAGUACUUUGGGGCCAGUGCCCUGCACAUCAAGAUCUCUCGCUACUGGAGUGACAUCCCCACUGACCAAUAUGAAAGUCUAAAGGCGCAGCUCUUCACUCAGAUCACUCGCUUCGCCAGUGGUUCCAAGAUUGUGCUGACUCGGCUGUGUGUGGCGCUGGCCUCGUUAGCUCUCAGCAUGAUGCCUGACGCUUGGCCAUGUGCUGUGGCAGAUAUGGUACGACUCUUCCAGGCUGAGGACUCACCGGUGGAUGGCCAGGGUCGCUGCCUGGCUCUGCUGGAGCUGCUGACAGUGCUGCCUGAGGAAUUUCAGACCAGCCGCCUGCCCCAGUAUCGCAAAGGCCUGGUGCGGGCCAGCCUGGCCGUGGAGUGUGGGGCUGUCUUCCCAUUGCUGGAGCAGCUGCUGCAGCAGCCCAGCUCACCCAGCUGUGUGCGUCAGAAGGUACUCAAGUGCUUUUCCAGCUGGGUGCAGCUGGAGGUGCCGUUGCAGGACUGUGAGGCUCUCAUUCAGGCCGCCUUCGCUGCUCUGCAGGACUCGGAGCUCUUUGACAGCAGUGUGGAGGCCAUUGUCAAUGCCAUCUCACAGCCUGAUGCCCAGAGGUAUGUGAACACACUCCUGAAACUCAUCCCACUGGUGCUGGGACUGCAGGAGCAACUGCGACAGGCCGUGCAGAAUGGGGACAUGGAGACCUCCCAUGGCAUCUGUCGCAUUGCUGUGGCCCUUGGCGAGAACCACUCUCGGGCCUUGCUUGACCAAGUGGAACACUGGCAGAGCUUCCUGGCCCUGGUCAACAUGAUCAUGUUCUGCACGGGUAUCCCUGGCCACUAUCCUGUCAAUGAGACCACCAGCUCCCUGACACUCACCUUCUGGUAUACACUGCAGGAUGACAUUCUGUCCUUUGAGGCAGAGAAGCAGGCUGUGUACCAGCAAGUGUACAGGCCAGUCUACUUCCAGCUGGUGGAUGUGCUUCUGCACAAGGCCCAGUUCCCUCCUGAUGAGGAAUAUGGAUUCUGGUCCUCAGAUGAGAAGGAGCAGUUCCGAAUUUACAGGGUGGACAUCUCAGACACGCUCAUGUAUGUUUAUGAAAUGCUGGGGGCCGAGCUGCUCAGCAACCUCUAUGACAAGCUGGGCCGUUUGCUCACCAGCUCAGAGGAGCCCUACUCCUGGCAGCACACAGAAGCCCUGCUCUAUGGCUUCCAAUCCAUCGCAGAGACCAUUGAUGUCAACUAUUCUGAUGUGGUGCCUGGGCUCAUUGGCCUCAUCCCACGGAUCAGCAUCAGCAACGUGCAGCUGGCGGAUACCGUCAUGUUCACCAUUGGAGCUCUGUCUGAAUGGCUGGCCGACCACCCCGUCAUGAUCAACAGCGUUCUUCCCCUUGUACUGCAUGCCCUAGGCAAUCCUGAGCUCUCUGUCUCUUCUGUGUCCACCCUCAAAAAGAUCUGCCGAGAAUGCAAGUAUGACCUGCCACCCUAUGCUGCCAACAUCGUGGCAGUCUCCCAGGAUGUGCUAAUGAAACAGAUCCACAAGACAAGUCAGUGCAUGUGGCUGAUGCAGGCAUUGGGCUUCCUGCUGUCAGCCCUGCAGGUGGAGGAGAUCCUUAAGAACCUGCACUCACUCAUCUCGCCCUAUAUCCAGCAGCUGGAGAAGCUGGCAGAGGAGAUACCUAAUCCCUCCAACAAGCUGGCCAUUGUCCACAUCUUGGGGCUUCUCUCCAACCUCUUCACCACGCUGGAUGUCAGUCAUCAUGAGGAUGAUCAUGAAGGCUCUGAGCUCCGGAAGCUGCCAGUGCCACAGGGACCCAACCCCGUGGUAGUGGUGCUGCAGCAGGUCUUCCAGCUUAUCCAGAAGGUGCUGAGCAAAUGGCUGAAUGAUGCCCAGGUGGUGGAGGCGGUGUGCGCUAUUUUCGAGAAGUCUGUUAAGACACUAUUGGAUGACUUUGCCCCCAUGGUGCCACAGCUGUGUGAGAUGCUGGGUCGGAUGUACAGCACCAUCCCCCAGGCCUCUGCUCUUGACCUCACUCGACAGCUGGUCCACAUAUUUGCCCACGAGCCUGCCCACUUUCCCCCAAUCGAGGCCCUCUUCCUGCUCGUCACCUCCGUCACACUCACUCUCUUCCAGCAAGGGCCCAGGGAUCAUCCUGAUAUUGUUGAUUCAUUUAUGCAACUCCUGGCACAGUUGAAUAGAGUUUCUUCAUCUGUUUCCGUGGAAGUUGACAACCCAACAUCCUCCUUUAGUGCCCCUUUGCCUCAGCUAGCUCAGUCUUCUACAAAGACCAGGGAGAGGCUGACCCCGAAGGGAGGCAGUGGGCUGGCCUGGUGGGGGUCGGGAAGGGAGGGGGUGGUCACUGUGCCCAGCACCUCCUGUGUGGCUGGGGUGCCCAAGAAGUUCAGGAGUAGCACUGACGUUCAAGGGCCUGGGGUUCAUUGUCCCCGUGCUCCUGCCGGGAACUGCCUGCCUCAGUGCCUCCAGCCUACUCUUGAGAGGUAGGCUCCGAAGGGAGGGGCUGAGAUGAAUGUGCUUCCAUGGAGCCCAGAGCCCAGAGCCGGGCUGCUGGACAGGUUGUGCUGCUUCUGGGAGGUGGGGUGCUGGCUCCACUGUGAGACUGUGUUAGGUUGUAUGUGUGUAUAAGUGUGUCGGAACUUUGUAUGUUUUGAGUUUGGUUUGGUGAGAACAGAAAUCAUGUAACUGCUGUAAGUAGUAUGAGUAUUAUGUUGGAUUUGUAGUUGACACGUAGAUAUGUGUGUUGGUGUGUGUUUUAUGUUGAUGUGUGUUAAGCAUUGAUGGAUUUUGAAUGUUGAUAUGUGUUGGAGGCAUGUGCAUGUUGGGCUGUGGGAUGUGUAUUAUGGAGGAUAGGUAUAUAUAUUGUGGUAUCGGUAGGUCUGUAUUAGGGUAUGUGUGUUUUGGAAAAGGUAUGUGUUGGGCUGUGGGAAUGUAUAUUAUGGAGGAUAGUUAUAUAUAUUGUGGUAUCGGUAGACCUGUAUUAGGGUAUGUGUGUUUUGGAAAAGGUAUGUGUUGGGCUGUGGGAAUGUGAGGUUAGCAUAUGGGAGUUCUGUGUGUUUGGGGGCUUCUGCAGGUUGGGGGGAAUCCUGUGGGUAAAGGUAAAUAAUGUGGGGGUUUUUACUAAUCAUUCCACAAAUAUUUAUUGUGUAAUACAUGCUUGAUACUCUGCUAGGUGCUGAGGAUAUAACGGUGCGCAAAAGCAGCACGAUUCUUACUGUUUUGUAACUUAUAGUUUGCUUGGGGGGCAGGGUAAAAGGCAUGGGGAAUAGGGAGUGUUCUGGGCCUGAAUGAAUAGAUGUGUGGGUAUCUGUGAGGGUGUAUCUUUGUGGGUGAGGGUGUUUGACUGUGUAUUUGUGGAUGGAUGUGUUGAGAGAGUACACGUGCUGGAAGAUUGGUAGAUUGAGGGUGUGGGUGUGGAGCUGGUUUGAGGAUGUGGUGGUUUGAGUGUGUGAAUAUGUAGUGAGGGUGCGUUGCAAAUGUGGGAGAGUGUGUGUGUGUGUGUAAGGGAAGUGUGUUUGAGGGUGAGUAGGGUGUUUCCAUGAGGGUGCGUGUGAGUGAAUAUGGCAGACUGGAAGGUAUGUGAGGGGCUGGAGAGUUAGGGGACUGUGUGUUAUGCCUUGGGAGGCUGCUGGGGAACAGCAGCAUUUGAUGACUGCUGGAGCUGUGCAGAGCAUCUCCUGUGACCUGGGGAUGUGCCAGUCAUAUCCUGGUACCACUUGGGGCGGGCUCUCUGCCCCCUGUACUCCAUCCAUUCCCCCACAUGGCAACACGGAUCCUGGGCUGGGUAUGGCUGUGAUGGCCCUGGACACAGGGUAUCCUGGGUGAAAGGUAGGGCCAUGGCUCCAAGGCUCCUACCCUAUUUUUCCUCUUUCUGAUCUAAAGGGUGUCUGGGGAGUGACAGGACAUGGGAGGAGGCUGUUGGACUGUGUUCCACAUCCAGUUGCCAUCUCUUCUUCCUGCUGCUCUGUUAAUAAAUACAGAGGGCCUAAACUGCCUCUAUGAAUCAAGAGAAAUCCCUGCUGGUACUUGAGCCUGCAGGAAUCUGGCCCUGAUGGAGGGGAGAGGGGAAGGUGUUUGCUCAGGGAGUAACUUGGGACCCAAGCUAUCUGCCUUACGACCUCCAACCUCUCUCAUAUACACUGUGCAUUCAUGUACACGUACAUGUACACAGCAUUCCUUGGCUGCUCCUCUCCUGGCUUCUGGAACUCUGGGAUGGUUUGUGUCCCCAGAGAUGGCUGGGUAGUUGGUUUUGACAGCAUCUACCUGUGGUGUGUGAAGUUGGGCCCUGGGGUGGCAGGUGAGUGGGGGGGUGGUCUUUGCAGCUGGCUGGGGCUGGGCUUACCA